AUCCGCCCCCCGCGCUUCGCGGGCGCGUCGGCCCUGGCGCGGCUGUUAUGGAAACGGGCUGGGCGCGCAGGCGGCGAUGAUGGGGCGGCCAUGGCCCGGGCCGGCAGCUCCAGCGGCGACGCGGCCGCGGGCGAGCGGGCCGGGGGCGCUGGGCGGCCAGAGCCGUGGGAGCUGUCCCUGGAGGAGGUGCUGAAGGCGUACGAGCAGCCCAUCAACGAGAGCAGGCGGUGGGCCGUGUGCUUCCAGUGCUGCCGCGGGCUGCGGGGCGCGCCGGGCGGCCGGCGGCGCAUCCGGGACACAGCGGACAUCCUCCUGCGCAGGGACGGCUCGGUCAGCGCGCAGCGGGAGCCCGGCGCGGCAGAGUCCACAGCGAUGGUGUCACCGGCCAGCUCGGAAGCUCAGGUGGUUCAGUCGCUGGGCUUCGCCAUCUACCGCGCGCUGGACUGGGGCCUGGCAGAGCACGAGGAGCGCGAGCUCAGCCCGCAGCUGGAGCGGCUCAUCGACCUCAUGGCCAACAGCGACUGCGACGACGAUGGCGGUGGCGGGGCAGCCGACGAGGGCUACGGGGCCCCCGAGGAGGAGGAGGAGGCCGAGGGCGGCCCCCGCGCCGUGCGCACCUUCACGCAGGCCAUGCGCCUGUGCGCCGCGCGCCUGACCGAGCCCCGGGGCGCUCAGACCCACUACCAGGCCGUGUGCCGCGCACUUUUCGUGGAGACGCUGGAGCUGCGCGCCUUCCUCGCCAGGGUCCGGGAGGCCAAGGAGAUGCUGCAGAAGCUUCGGGAGGACGAGCCGCAGUCAGAGAAGCCCCUGAUGGAGCUCGACAGCCUGGGACGCACGGACUGGGCCCGACUCUGGGUCCAGCUCAUGCGGGAGCUCCGCCACGGGGUGAAGCUGAAGAAGGUGCAGGAGCAGGAGUUCAACUCCCUGCCCACAGAGUUCCAGCUCACCCCCUUCGAGAUGCUGAUGCAGGACAUCCGCGCCAGGAACUACAAGCUGCGCAAGGUCAUGGUCAACGGGGACAUCCCUCCCAGGGUGAAGAAGGAUGCCCAUGAACUUAUCCUGGACUUCAUCCGCUCCCGGCCUCCGCUGAAGCAGGUCUCAGAGAGAAGGCUUCGCCCCUUACCCCAGAAACAGAGAACGCUGCACGAGAAGAUCCUGGAGGAGAUCAAGCAGGAACGCAGGCUGCGCCCCGUGGAGGGCAGGCACUGGGACGGGCGGGGGUUCGGCUCUCUGCCCUGCAUCCUCAACGCCUGCUCUGGGGACGUCAAGUCCAGCUCCUGCAUCAACCUAUCCGUCACGGAUGCCGGGAGUAGUGCCCAGCGCCCGCGGCCCCGAGUCCUGCUCAAGGCACCCACGCUGGCUGAGAUGGAGGAGAUGAACAUAUCCGAGGAGGAAGAGUCGCCGUGUGCGGAGGUGACACUGAGGCGAGACCGCUCUUUCUCGGAGCACGACCUGGCCCAGCUCCGGAGCGAGGUGACCUCUGGCCUACAGCCCCCUGGAGGCCUGGAGCCGGCUCGGCCGCGUGCGGGCAGCGUGCAGUCCUGGACGCCCAGCGCCCAGGAGCCGGGUUCUGUCAGCGUCCAGUCCCGGCCUGACUGCAGCUCCCCGCCACGCAGUGACCUGGGCUCAGUCGACAGGCCUGGGGCCUCCGAGGCCCCGGACGCCAAUCACCGGUGGCUGGAGUUCAGCCAUCCCGUGGAGAGCCUGGCUCUGACGGUGGAGGAGGUGAUGGACGUGCGCCGUGUGCUGGUGAAGGCCGAGAUGGAGAAGUUCCUGCAGAAUAAGGAGCUCUUCAGCAGUCUGAAGAAGGGGAAGAUUUGCUGCUGCUGCCGGACCAAGUUCCCACUGUUCUCCUGGCCGCCCACCUGUCUCUUUUGCAAGAGAGCUGUCUGCAGUUCCUGCAACAUAAAGAUGAAGAUGCCAUCUAAGAAGUUUGCACACAUCCCCGUGUACACGCUGGGCUUCGAGAGUCCUCAGAGGGUGUCAACCGCCAAAGCCCCGCCGGCGCAGAGAAGAGACGCCUUCCAACCCCUGCAGGGGCCCCACUGGCGGAGCGUGGAGGAGGAGUUCCCGCACAUCUACACUCACGGCUGCGUCCUGAAGGACGUCUGCAGCGACUGCACCGGCUUUGUGGCGGACGUGGUGCGCUCCAGCCGCAGGAGUGUGGACGCCCUCAACACCACGCCCCGCCGCGCCCGCCACACCCAGUCCCUCUACAUCUCGAACACCUGGACACUCGACCUCAAGUGAUGGCUGUGGCCCCCUGGCCGCCCGGUCAGAGGCUUUUCGAGGUGCCCGGGUGACCAUGCUUCUGGGGAGGAGCCAGGCUAGUCCUGGACCAGGCAGAGAAGUCCCCGUCCUGGGGCACAGCGGCCCCCGGCCCUCGUGAUGUGCAUGUACAUAU